GUGGCCAUUCAAGCCAAAGAGGGUGCAGAAGCAGCUCAAACGGAUGGGGAUUGGGAGGCUGACGGCUUUGAGAUUGAGGAGUCUCCUUUUGCCGACGCAUGGGCUCCGCCGGUCACUGCCAUGCUUUCUGGGUCGCCACCGCCCAUGACAGCACGAGGGUUGCCGAGACAGCCCCCCGAGCCUCCGAAGAAGCCCGAAGUGAAGGAAAACGUCCUGCUCUCCUGUGCAGCACAGGUUGCUGGCCCUGCUGCACUCUUCGCGGCAAGCAUGGCUGCUGAAGCUGGCCGCAGUGCAGCCGCGCGCAUGACUGCGGCCUUUCCCAUCCCGGCAUGCAGCGAGGUGCAGAAGGCAGAGCCGGCCCAGGAGCCGGCACCACGUCCACUGCGCCGGCGGCGCUCCUCUCUGUCCCUACCAAAGGGCGAAACGAGGCUGGCGAAGAACGCCGCCUCCGCAAACCCCACCGCCUUGAUCGAGGAGGAUGCGGUAUCUGUCCACAUGGAAGUCCUGCCGAAGGGUGCGCUAGGACUGCCGCCUCCUUCACAACUGCCAUCCUGGUGGCAAGAUCUUGGCCUUCUUCGGGACGACCUGACAUGA